CUUUCUUUUAUUGAUAGUAACACAUUGCCUAAUCAGUCAAUUGGCCUUACUACUUCCACAGCUACUACUACGAAAAAUUUGUGGCAACUGUGAUAAUAAAUGGUGCUCUGAUAUCCGUACCUCUACACACAUGCAUCGACACCAACACCAACGUAAUACUAUCCAAACUUCGCCCUAUGAUAGAACUAUAGUAACAUUUGCUGAAACUACAUCUAUAGAUGUAGAUCUUGAUUUAAAAGUGGAUACUGAAAAUCUAGAUUUAGAUACUAGGACCACUGAAGAUCUGGACCUAGUACACAAUAUGAUAUUUGUUAAGAAAGAUACUAUUUCAGCCACUAGUAGCUCUCUAUCACCUUCAUCUCCAUCUGAAAUGUAUAGAUGUGUAGCUAGUAGUACGCGCAAAGAGCCUGCUAUGAGUACUAGCAGCGCUAGUACGUCACAACAAUUUGAUAUUUCAAGUAGCAGUAGUAAUGGGGUAAUUAUUACUUCAAAAAUGUCACCUAGAAGUCCAAGUUCUGGUGAUUUAGUAUUGGGUUCAGUAGAAUUACUUGAUGAGCAACAGCAACCUUUCCAACAAAAUCAAUUUUGUUGCUCUAGUACUACAAACAAUAGUGGGAAUAGUAAUUCUAAUACACGUGUUGUUAUAUCAGUCCAAGACAAUAAUAGUUCUAUUGGUUGUACAGUUAUUAAAGACAAAUUGGAUGACAUGAGUAAUGGAUCUCCUCAAAAUCGUAGACUAUGUUUAGUGUGUGGAGAUACAGCUUCAGGUUAUCACUAUGGAGUAGCAUCUUGUGAAGCUUGUAAAGCUUUUUUUAAACGUACUAUUCAAGGGAAUAUUGAAUAUACAUGUCCAGCUUCCAGUGAUUGUGAAAUUAAUAAACGACGUCGUAAAGCAUGUCAAGCUUGUCGCUUCCAGAAAUGUUUACGUAUGGGAAUGUUAAAAGAAGGUGUUCGUCUUGAUCGAGUAAGAGGUGGUCGCCAAAAAUAUCGUAGACAAACCACUCAACAACAGUCUCAGAAUUCUCAUCACCAUCAACAAUUGUCCCAACAACAAUGUUUAUUACAAUCACAUCACCAUACCCAAAUAAAUGACAACAUGACUAAUAAUGGUAAUGUAGGACCAGCAUCUUGGGCUACAGGCAACAUGAGUAAUUCUAUUAAGAGCUGUUGCUGUUGUUGCAGUGGCUUAACUGGAAGAAUAGUAUCUUUAGAAGAAAAUAAAAUGUUGGAGGCCCUACAAGCUUGUGAACCUGAUAUGCUUACUAUAAAUUUAACUGGAAAUAAUAACUUUAAAGCAGCCAUCACCAAUAUUAACAGUAAUCAACUAUGUCAGUCUACAGUCUCACCUAUAGUAGCUUCUAUAACUACAUUAAAUUCACCUGUGUAUAUCUUGUCUGAUCUCUAUGAUAGAGAAUUAGUCAGUACUAUUGGCUGGGCAAAGCAAAUACCUGGAUUUACUGAACUUUCAUUAAAUGAUCAAAUGCGAUUACUACAAUCAACUUGGGCUGAACUACUUACUCUAACAACAGCAUACAGGUCAAUUUCUGUUUUUACAACCUCAGAUCCUUCAGUAUUGAAUGGUGAUAGUUUAAAAAAGAAAUUAAAAUAUGCUACUGAUUAUUUAUUAGAUGAAAGACAAGCAAAAGAAAUUGGAUUGGGAGAUGUUUAUAAUUUGUGUUUACAUAUUGUGGAAAAGCUACAACAGUUAAAAGUUCAAAAAGAAGAAUAUUAUCUUUUAAAAGCAUUAGUGUUAAGUAAUUCAGAUGCAAUCAAAGUAGAUAAUCAAGGCAAGUUAAAAAAAUUUCGGGAUGCCAUUUUGCAAUCUCUUAACGAUCUUUUAUCUUACAACAAUUUAAAUAAUAACAAUAAUAAUAGGCAAAAUGAAGAAAAUAAUACUGGUAGUUGCCUUCAUCAUAGGUUGCAACAAAGAAUUAAUGAAUUAUUAUUAUGUUUACCUUCCUUGCGACAAGCUGAUCAAUUGAUUCGUCAGUAUUGGGGUGCUAUACAUAAAGAAGGAACUAUACGAAUGAAUAAAUUAUUUGUUGAAAUGCUUGAAGCAUACCUCAGAUAGUGCUUAAAAUUUUGGUACGUAAAAAGUAAAUGACAUGAAAUCUUAAGUAUGUACCACAAACAAAUUGAUAAUAAAGUAGUUACUCUGCUACUGCUGAAGUAGUCGGGGAGAUGUUAUUUUUUUUUUAGGUAAAACAUAAAUCAUGUAUAAUUAUUAUUAAUAGAACAUUUAGAGUAAUAAUUUUUUUGGAGUAUUUAUUAACUCUUUUUGAUUGUUGAUCAUCAUUGUUGUUUUUUUUUUUUUUUUUUUGUUAGAAACUCAAGAAACAAUACCGAAUUUGUUAUUUUAUGUUUUAGAUAUAUUAUUAGAUGUUGUGUUUGUACAAUAAAAGGAC